CAUUAAAACGUAACGGACAUUGUUGCCAAGACAACCCAAACAAUGAGCGUGAACUUUAUGUAACUAAACGCUAGACCAAGAAGUUUCAGGUUUUACUGUAUAAGUUUAUUCUAUUCCUCUAUUGUAAACGACAAUGAUUCCUCCAGCUGACACGCUGCUGAAAUACGACAAUCCAGUUCUGGUCAACAAAAGCACAGACAGAAAAUCACCAAAGGGACGCCCUUUGAAAGUAAGCCCUCAGCAGCCCAUUGACUCUACACCUGUUCCACCACCUCCUAAACCAAAACCAGCAUCUACUGAGGCUACUAAGCAGGAAAAUGAGGAGCUCCUCAAUUCAAUCCUCCCACCCAGGGAGUGGAUGGAGGGAAACCAACUGUGGGUGCAGAAAGUAUCCAGUACACCUUGUACGAGAGCAGAUGUGUUGCACCUAGAAGAACUCCUAAACACAAAACUGCAGCAAAGACAGGCCAAAGAAACAGGAAUCUGCCCUGUCCGCAGGGAGCUCUAUUCCCAGUGUUUUGAUGAAUUACUCAGACAGGUAACCAUCAACUGCGCUGAGAGGGGUAUGCUAUUGUGGCUGGUCAGAGAUGAGAUUCAGAUGACCAUUGCUGCCUACCAGACCGUGUAUGAAAGCAGCAUAGCUUACGGCAUGAGAAAGGCACUGCAGGCUAAGAAGGGCGAAGCUGAUAUGAAAAACAGAAUUUUGGAGCUAGAGAACGAGAAACAAGAACUGAAGAAGGCGCUGAAUGAAGAGAAGGCUAAAUGUGAAACAGUUGAGAAGAUAGAAGCUGAAAAGCGACAGCUAGAGGAAAAGAGGCACGAUGACGAGAUCCAGUUCCUAAAGAGAACCAACCAACAGCUUAAGGCUCAACUGGAAGAGAUAAUUGCACCAAAGAAGUAAAAAAACAAACAAACAAACACUUAGCUGGCAUUUCUCUGUACAAGAUUGUGUUCACUUGUAAUUCAUCUUAUUGCUUAAUGAUACAUUAAAGUAAAAACUUUGUGUAAUUUACAAAUGUUUUAUUGUUCUGGCAUAACAAGUACACUUCAAACAACUACUGCACAUUGCUCUUGAACGUCAAGAGAGCAGUACACUUGUAUAUGAUGAAUGAAAUUUCAUUCAAAUACAGUUCUGCACUGAGGGGACAAAGUUACAACAGUCAUGAAGAUAAGGCAUCAAGUUGAUUAAGACCACCUUAGUGUUCCACCUUCUGCCAACCUUUUUUUUAUCCCAAUAAAAAUAGCUUCAGGCUAAUUUAGAUACA